AUGAAACUCCUUUUGCUGCUCACUCUGCUCACAGGCGCUACAGCACACAGCAUCAGCCGUCGGGCUGUGUGGCAGUUCCGCAAUGCGCUCGAGUGCACCUUUACUUGGAUUGAUGCCUUUUCAGAUUACAACUACUAUGGCUGCUACUGUGGCUUGUUUAGUUGGGGCAACCUAGUGGAAGACAUAGACAGGUGCUGCCGGACUCAUGACCACUGCUACGCUCAGGUCUAUAACCUGGAAAACUGUGGAUUCCUCAUUAGAAAUCCCUACACCAGCCCCUACUCAUACUUGUGCUCUGGGAAUGAGAUCACCUGCAGUGACAAAAACAACCCCUGUGAGGCCUUCAUCUGCAACUGUGACUGCCAGGCCGCCAUCUGCUUUUCCAAGACUCCAUACAUCAAGUAUUACAAAGGCAAUGGCUGUGUUACUACAUCCCGAGUCAGACGUCAGGCUGGGUGGCAGUUUGGCAAUCUGUUCAAGUGCACUAUCCCUUUGGCUUUUCCCUUCACGCAGUACUAUUAUGGCUGUUUCUGUGACUAUUUCAGCAGGGACACCCAGGUGGAAGAGAGAUGCUGCCAGACUCGUGACCACUGCCGUGAUCAGGUCAAGAAGCUGGAAAACUGCAAGUUCCUCAUAGAUGACCCCUACGGAAGGCUCUACUCAUAUUCGUGCUCCGGGAAUGAGGUCAUAUGCAAUGAGGAAAACAACACCUGUGAGGAUUUGAUCUGCAACUGUGACCGCCAGGCUGCCGUCUGCUUCUCCAAGCAGAACAAAGGCAUUCAGUGUUAG